AGGCAGUUAAAUUAUAAGGUUGGUGUCACUUAACCAUCUCCUAACCCUUCAUUCUUUUCUACUUUCUCACAAUAAAAUUAUUGAUUAAAACUCAGUAUUUAAACUCACAUGGGGUGCCUGAGUUUUCUGCAUCAGAUUCCGAGGGGUGUGCAUGAAUGGGGCAAAGCACAGAUUUGAGGGUUCCCAUGGAUCAAAUCCAAAACCAAGAACAAGAUAAGGUGAAUCUUCAUAAACAAGGCAUUGAUGAUGCUAUACUAAUGGCUACUCCCAAGGGAGAGAACAUUAGGCGACCUAGAGGAAGACCAGCAGGUUCCAAAAACAAACCCAAACCACCCAUUAUUGUCACUCGUGAUAGUGCAAAUGCAUUACGAGCUCAUGCAAUGGAAGUAACUUCAGGUUGUGAUGUGCAUGAGAGUUUAGCUAGUUUUGCAAGGAGAAAACAACGUGGGAUUUGUGUUCUUAGUGGGAGUGGGUUUGUAACCAAUGUUACACUCAAACAACCAUCUUCAUCUGGUGCAAUUGUGACUUUACAUGGUCGGUAUGAGAUUCUGUCAUUGCUUGGUUCUAUCCUUCCACCACCUGCACCACCUGGGAUUACGGGGCUAACCAUUUACCUUGCUGGGGCUCAAGGACAAGUCGUAGGUGGUGGUGUUGUUGGUGCACUUAUUGCUUCUGGUCCUGUUCUUAUCAUGGCUGCAUCUUUCAUGAAUGCUACUUUUGAUCGUUUACCAUUGGAUGAUGCUGAUGAAGUUGCAACAACAGCAGCAGCAGCUAUGCAGAACCAAUAUCAUCACCAAAAUGGUCGGCACCAUCACUUGGACAUGGCCGAUUUGUAUGGGAUGAUGCCACAGAACUUGAUCACUAAUGGGACCAACCCUCCUGAGAUAUAUUCUUGGGCACCAGGACGAACCAUGUCUAAAACCUAAGUCCACUGGCAAGCACUACGGGCAAUAUUCUCAUAUCAUGCAUUUCCAAAUAUGGUUUAUUUAGUGUUGUCUUUUUCUCAUAGUAGUAUGAUGAUCCUUAUGGUAUUCAGUGCCUUUUCAUUUUAUAUGUAUCCUUCAUCAGCCUUAGCCAAGAUAAUCUUAUUGUAGUGCAACUAUGUGAUUUAAAUAUAUUGGAUCUCCAACAAUUAUCUUCUAAGUAU